UCUAAGUAGCUACCCAGAGCCUACACCGAUGUAUGAGCCUGCUCGACACUCCACAGGGGAAUGGAUGUAACCAUAGCCUGAGCAGAAAACUGGUCCACAUACUGUCCGGGUUGCUUUAUGUGGCUUGCUGGCCAAUUUUCAGUUCCUCUUAUAAAUUGCUUAAGGCUUGUCAUUUAUGGCCUCUCCUUGGUUACUGAUGAAGGACUUAUAAAAUCCGUGACUCGAGAAGGAAAUCCAGGGGAAUUGCUUAGAGGUCCUUUGUAUUAUGUUUUGAUAUUGAUUUUAUGUUCUCUUGUCUUCUGGCGUGAGUCGCCCACUGGCGUGAUUUCUCUGGCAAUGAUGUGUGGUGGGGAUGGUGUUGCUGAUAUCAUGGGAAGAAGAUUUGGAUCCUUAAAAAUUCCUUAUAAUCCACAAAAAAGUUGGGCUGGUAGCAUCUCCAUGUUUAUAUUUGGUUUCUCCAUUUCCAUUGGGAUGCUUUACUACUUUUCAGUCCUUGGAUACUUCCAGUUCGAUUUGGUUGGGGCAAUGGGAAGAGUUGCUUUGGUUUCUUUGGUGGCUACUGUGGUGGAGUCUCUCCCGACUACAGGAGUGGUUGAUGAUAACAUAUCAGUUCCAUUGGCAAGCAUGCUAAUCUCAUUUUUUAUGUUUGGUUAUUAAUCCAAGGGCGUUAAAGUCUUGAGUGUUCAUCUUAUUUUUAGUUUCUUUCAUGCUAAAUGUUUCUGACUCUGAAGUUGCUCCUACUCAAUUGAAUUCAAUCGAAUCUUGUCCCAACUAUUUCAAAUCGGUUACUCUUCGAAUCUUA